UAGCCGGUUUCUGACGCAAUUCAUUCAUGUGUCGUGUGUCGGUACGCGUGCUGCACCGUUCCGAUCUCUCGUGUAGAAACGCCGGUAGUUGAAAUUCAGAGUAAUUUUAAAAGAUUUUUAACUUGUUUAUAUACUGAUAAUCUAAGUUCUAAGAAAGCAUGAAGAUUUGGAGUACAGAACACGUUUUCAACCAUCCAUGGGAAACGGUCGCAAAGGCCGCUUGGCGGAAGUACCCUAAUCCCAUGAACAACAGUGUAGUAGGCGUCGAUGUCGUGGAGAGGCGAGUCGAACCAACGGGGAAAUUGUACAGCCACAGAAUACUCACAACAAAAUGGGGUCUUCCAGGAUGGGUAGUAAGGUUUCUUGGUUUGAAUCCAACAUGUUAUGCAAGCGAACACUCGCUGGUAGACGCACAAGAAAGAGUACUAAGACUCAAAUCGAAAAAUAUAACUCUCAAUAGCUAUGUAUCAAUAGAUGAAGAACUUGUAUAUACACCACAUCCGAGCAUUAAAAAUGCAACACUACUCACACAAGAGGCUAUCGUCACUGUGAAUGGAAUUAGUCUGGCUGGUCAUCUAGAAUCUCUGGUCACCAACACGAUAUCGUCCAAAUCAGCAGCUGGUCGUGAAGCAAUGGAAUGGGUCAUACAAUCCAUCAACCAAGAAAUGAAAGAUCUCGCCUCGCAGGUCAACAAGAGUAUGGAAGACAUCAAGCACAGUAUGGAGGGUCUGAGCUACGAAUAAUGCUACCCCUCCCCACCCCCUAUUGUACUUCCCCCAAGGGGUGGGGACGAGUUCGUCAAACCACCAAUGUAAGCCCUUGCAUUGUUAACCUUUCCGAUAGGUGCUGUUGUAAUGCCAAAUGUUUUGAACCGUUCUAUGCACUAAGCGUGAGCUGUGCUCACGUAAGCGGAAAGCGCCUUAUUUUUUAGAAUUCUUUCAAAGUUUUCACGAGCCUGUUAUGUCUGACGCUGUUUGUCAUUUUUAGCUUUGAAGCAAGAAAGGUGGAAGAACAAUGUACAUGUACUACAGUACUGCUUCAGUUUUUAUGAGUUGUGUGAGGCAGGCUUGGUGUUGAAAUGACCAUUCAGGUUUUGUUUUAUAAAACUUGCAGGAUUUUGAACGCUUUCAGGUCAGUACCUAGGAUAUCGCUGCUUAUGUCAAACACCAUAGGGCCCAAUGUCAUGGUUCUGCUAAGCAUUGAAAUCUGUGCUGAUGAUCACCUCUCUGUGCCCAAUUUCAUAGCGCUGCUUAACAGUUAGCAGGAAAGUUGUGCUUACUAAAGCAGAAAAUCAUGCUGCUGCUUAAGCACUACUUCAUGGCGUGGAUGUGCUAACAGUUGCGCCUGCAUGGAGAGUUCUAAUGUGACAUCACUGAUUUAAGCAGUUUUUUCCUCCAGGGUUAAGCAUGCUUUUGAUGUGCUUACUGCUUACCGUCUCUAUGAAAUAGACAGAGGCUCUGUUGGCACAAAAUCGGCUGUUAAGCAGCGCUAUGAAAUUUGGCCCUGAUCUAGUGCUGAAAUUCUGCAUUAACCAUGUCAGUACAAAAACCUUACGAUGUAUGCAAGUAAACAAGCCAGAGUUGCUUGCUUACCCGUGAAAUAUGCGAACUGUCAACACAGAAGUUUCUGCUAAAGUAAAGUGGAACUUUUAAGAUGGAAUUCGGUUGAGGAAGAUGUAAUUCUGAAAACUGGCUGUUGCCUUUCAGUGUCAUAACAGGAAUAUGACAAUGAAGGGCACACCAAAAUAUCGCAUGUAAAAAAUGUUAAUAAGUUUACUCAAAUAUAUGGGGUUAUUAGGAGGUCAUCUGCGUGAAGAGUAUUUUGGUGGUGACAGGGUGAAACUACAUUUAUGUCAUAGUUUGAAGAGGUUUGCUCAGUUUUAUAAAUUCUAACAAACUAGUCCUCCUCACAUCAAUGAGUUAUUUUUGUUACUGCCAGAGCUAUUUGUCGAAUUACUUGGGUUGCGGAACGUAUCAAGCAAUUUUCUAUUCACAGUCCAUGCCGUAACAUUUUCCUGUAAUAAAGGGAGUUCAGUUUGGUAAAUAGUUCUAUAACUGUUUUGACUCUUAUUGGUUGGAGGGAAAUCUGUCAUGUUUGUACAUGUAAAUUAAAACCCAGGUUUUGAUUUAAAGUUUUAUAUUUUUAAGACGUGUUUUAGUUUUGAGUGCCAAGUAUGUUUUCUUGAGAACUGGUGCCAUUCUAAUGGAAGUGGAAGCAGUAAAACACGUUGAGUGCAUUCGAUUACUUCCUCCGCGCUUACUCGUGUCAGCGUUCAAUUUACCUCUCGCGUGACUUCUCGCGCUUACUCGAGCUUGGCCCAAGUAACCGACUCGCCGAGCCGGUUAGUUAGGUAAUUAUUCCAUAAGGCCAUGCAAUAAACAUGGCUGCCAACGUGACGUCCGGCGGGCGCCUCGGGCCGUGUGCUUCAAGAGCUACAGCUAUUGUGAGCCCGUCCCCGCGUAUUUUCAAUGGGCAUGGACCUAGACCUAGCUCUAGACAGUUGAUUCGGAUGCAGCCUCAGUGUCAUGUCAAAGUUCAAUUUUCUAGCUCUUGCACGAAACUUUACCCGAAACCGUUCGUUUAUUUAGCUCCACUGCGCAUGUUUGUCAUCACGCGAGGAGCGAGUAAGCUGGGGGAAGUAAUCGAACACACUCAAUGAGUUUCAGCACACACAAGAUUAAAAUAACCAUUCCCAUUUUGCAGUCUUUUUGAAGUGUGUGUUGAAAGUUCAAAUUUUAGCACCCAGUGCAUCACAAAUUGUAUUUGAAUAUGGAACCAUUUCAAUAAAUUGGAAAUGUUAGUAAAUAUUCAUGAAUGCCUAAACAAAAACCAAAUAAUCAAAUAUUCAGCCUAUGGAUUUGUUUUAAUUUUGUUUUCCUGUGUACAAAUUUAUUUUAUUUAUGUAAGCAAAUGUUCUGAAAAAAGUUUUCAUCGAAAUUGCAGUAAAUAUUUUUGAGAGAUUAAUGAUCUUGCAUAAUUAUCUAUUUACCUCUUAGUAUGAAACUGCUGUUGAUUCUAUUGCUGUUGAAGAUUUGUAUAAUAUUUAAAGUACAUUGUAUUUUAAAAACCUUCAUAUGGUGACUGGGACAUUAAAAUUGCAGUGAUUUUGAGAAUUUUUAAA